UCAUUUAAUUUCACCAAUAUACAAUCUUCUCUGAAGUUAUGAAAUAGAAAAAUGCAUGUCAUUAAUUCUGUUAACGACAUUAGGCAUUCAAAGAUCAUUAGUCAUUGUGUUUACACACAUACAAUUCAUAAAUGUAAUAAAAUUAUGUAAUAAAAUGCACAUUUCCAAUAUAAAUACAGGUCAUUAUGAUAUCAAUAACAAAUACAGUUUACUAUUACAAUUAAAUUUCAAAGUAAGAAAUAUAAUGCUAGUUUAAUUACCAGUCUUGUUCCUCAUUCUCAAAAAAAAGAAGAGAUGAGCUUACAAAAUUUCAAGAAUACAAUCUCAACUUUCCUCCUAGACUACAUGAUUCAUCGACUCAGGAGGAAGUUUCCUAAUUUCAUCAAGGUCCUGCUGGCGAGACCUGUUAAGACAAUGAGGCAAGAAAGGAAAACCAGUCGCGUACCGAGAAAUCUCAGUGAACAAAUGAGCCGAAGGUAGUUAACACGCAACAAUCUUGUCCUUGGUCGAAGGAGAUUAAUACAUAUAAAGGAAACUGUUGGAGCACCUCGGGACCAGACAGAAGAGAACCUCGAUGCGCAACUAUGCCGGCUAACGAGGAUACUUUGACCGAGUCCCCUGAACAGGCAGCGUCACAGAUCAGGAAUAAUUUUCUGAGGAAAGUCUGUGACAGUGGUCUGCAGAACAAUCUUACUCGUUCGUCCCUGGGUGAUGAGAAGGAUUGCCAGAAUGUUUGUCCAAAUUCCAUCAGCAAUGGGGACGUUCAGGAAGAUUUCUAUUACCAAAGUUUGCCAGUCAGGCAGCUCCAUGAGAAGUUCAUGAAGAGUUUUGUUGAUCUGAUUCUGGAAGAGGCAAUUUUUAAGGGGACCUCAAGAGAGAAUCAAGUGGUGGAGUGGAUGGAGCCAGCUGCACUUCAAUCAGCCAUCGACUUGAAGCUCUCUGAUCAAGGAGUAUCUCAGAAGGAUCUCCUCAGCCUUGCUCGCAACGUGAUCAAGUACAGUGUAAAAACAGGCCACCCACGAUUCGUGAAUCAACUGUACUCCAGUGUGGAUCCGUAUGGUCUACUUGGACAGUGGUUAACAGAUGCCUUGAAUCCAUCAGUAUACACUUAUGAGGUCUCUCCGGUGUUCUCCUUGAUGGAGGAAGAAUUGUUGCGAGAGAUGAGGAAGAUAGUUGGCUGGAAAGACGGCAGAGGUGAAGGGAUAUUUUGUCCAGGUGGUUCCAUUGCUAAUGGUUACGCUAUCAACCUGGCACGCCAUCACAGGUUCCCUCAAUUAAAAGAACUGGGUCUGUGCAGUGGUGGCAAAUUAAUAGUCUUCACGUCCCAGGAUGCUCAUUACUCAGUAAAGAAACUGAGCGCAUUCCUGGGUAUAGGUACCAGUAAUGUCUACGAAGUGAAAACAGAUAGCAGAGGGAAGAUGUGCAUGUCAGACUUGGAGGAGCAGAUCAGAAGAGCUAUCGAUGAAGGAGCAACUCCAUUAAUGGUCUCUGCCACUGCAGGGACAACCGUCUUGGGUGCCUAUGAUUCUCUGAGAGACUUAGCCAGCAUCUGUAAAAAGUACAAUCUAUGGUUUCAUGUUGACGCAGCUUGGGGAGGUGGGGCUUUAAUAUCCAGAAAGCACAGGUACCUUUUGGACGGUAUUGAAUUGGCUGACUCUGUUACCUGGAAUCCUCACAAGCUACUUGCUGCGCCACAGCAAUGCUCAACACUGUUACUGCGCCAUGAGGGUCUCCUGCAAGCUGCGCAUGGCUUGAAGGCUAGUUACCUCUUCCAGCCGGACAAAUUCUAUGACACCUCCUUUGACAGCGGGGACAAACACGUGCAGUGCGGUCGUAGGGCAGACGUGUUUAAAUUUUGGUUCAUGUGGAAGGCGAAAGGCACUCGGGGCCUCGAGAAACACGUGGAUCGUGUGUUCGAUUUGGCACGGUACUUCACUGAAUACAUAAGGCACAGAGAGGGCUUCGAGUUGGUCCUCGAACCUGAAUGCACGAACGUGUGCUUCUGGUACGUGCCACCUUCAAAGCGUCACUUACAGGGCGAGGAGUUGUCCAAGGUUCUCCAGAAAACUGGGCCAACUGUGAAAGAGCGUAUGGUGAAGAGGGGAUCGAUGCUGAUCACUUAUCAACCGCUACGUGAAUUACCUAACUUCUUUAGGCUGGUUCUGCAAAACUCGGGACUGACGGAAGCUGACAUGAGAUUCUUCGCGGAAGAGAUCGAGAGACUCGCCAACGACUUAUAGAAAUAAUUCAUAUAUCAUAGCACUGUUUGUGAAAAAAAUAUUUUCAGUUAGAUUCCGCCGAGGGAAUGUAAUAAAUAACACAGAGAGUUUUUGUUAACAACAGAAGCUCUCAAAAAAAUAUUUUUUUAAUAAUGAUAAGUUCAUUAGUAGAGUACAGUGUGGUUGGUUUAUUAUUUUCUGAUUCGUGUUCCUUUUGAAAGCUCAUUUGUCUUCAAAAUCCACAUAAAAACAGUGUUUUUUCAAAAAGGGCAUACAAUUGAUCAUAUUGUCAUUUUAUAUAGGAUACUUGAAUCUAGUUCCAUUCUGAAACUUUCUCUGAAAUGUUAUUAAGUUAAUGAGGAUCUUGGACUAACGUGAACACUUAAGUCUCCUGGUGGGUGAAUUUUAUAUCCCAUACAUAAUAUAAAUAAUAGAAUUGAUUUUUCAUUUUCCUACGUGUUCUCUGUUACAUAGAUAAAUUGACUGUAACAAAGGUAAGUUAGAUGCUUGACUGAACGUAUAUAUCUGACCUGGAAACAUCGUUGUGAGUAUUAUAAAAACAUCAUUACGAUUGCUACUAUCACAAAUUACUGAGACACACUCGCAAACACCCACCAUACAUUCUGAAAGAAACUUCAUUGAUUAGUAUGCCACUCAAUUUCUUAACAUAAUUAUUUUAUACUAUAUACAAAUAUUCGAUGAAUUUUGUUCUUGUAAAUAAUGCACUCAGAAAAAAGAAUCUCUUUCCUUUCCAUGCCAAAACUUGUGCAAACAACUGAUGUACCCAGUGGUAAUAUUAAGUCUAAUUUCCUUCUCUAAAAAAUUUAAAAAUGCUCUUCCUUCAAACCUGUUCAUUAUAAAAUGCGAAAUUUAAUAUUUUAAGUAAAAUUCUCUAUAGCCUUCGUGCAAACAUAAUACUGUUUCUUUUAAGAUACAUGUAACCUGCACAUGGUGACUGGCACUUCAAGGA